GACCGACCGCUGCCUUGUCCAGGGCCGUCAUGUACUGAGACCAAUGCCCAGGGAAAGCGCAUUGCUCGUGUGACACAAUGCUCGCCGCUUCAUGUCCCUCCUUGGCUCCUUCUCCCGCAACCAGAGCGGCUCCUCUCUGCACAAGAAGCCGACACCAGCCUCCAUCAUGACAGCUCUGUGUCCUCGCCGCAAUCACCUGUCCAGCCACCUCGACCACGACAGACCCCACGUCCGCCAUCGACGAGACCUCCACAUCCUCUCCCGCCGGGCCCCACAACACUCUCUGAUCCCCAAGUCUGCCGAGUCCCUUUUUCUCGAAGCUCUCGCACACGCGAGCUUGUGCCGGGAACAUGCUCGCCAAUUCUCAAACAUCCAUCGACCUUCUCAUCCGACGCCCCCUGAGCACUCCUCUUCCUCCUCCUCCUCCUCCUCCUCCUCCUCCUCAUCAUUCUCCUCCUCCCGCUCUGCACGCUUCACCACACAGUCCUCGAGAAACAAGCCUCCUCAAUCCUCCGCUGUCGAGCUCGUACCAGAUGAGGCUCACUCUCCAGCACCCAUCUAUAUCCCCCGCGAAGAGCUACGCUCUAUAGUCGAUCAAUACGAUUUCGCUGGCUAUCAGGAAGACCCUCCUCCGGAAACAGACUACCAUCACGAGCCUCAGCCAGACGACAGUGUCGCCUUCUCUUUCCAAAUACCAGAAAGAGAACCCCUGAUCGCUCCCGAUCUUCUCGACCAGCAAGUCAUUGACCACUUCAACUUCAUCAUACAAGACAAGCACACCCCGAACCAGAAUCUCUACGAAGCUUAUCGGGCGAUACCGCACCCACGCCCUCUACAUCUUCAGAACCAACGUAUCCGCCAACUCAUGCAUCGCCUGAGUGUUGUUGAAUACAAAGAUGAACAGACUAUGCAUUGUUAUCUCUCUGUGGUUGACGACAUGUCUGCUGCAGAUCUACCCAUGACGAGAGCAGAGUGGAAUAGUGCCAUGAGUUUCGCCAGUCGCCAUCUCCGCAAAGUCGGUGAUAUACAGGUCGAGACUGCCACUCAAAUCUGGUUACGCAUGGAGAAAGAAGCCGGGAUUGCAAGCAAUGCUGUAACGUUUAGCAUCCUGUUCGACGUCGCCACAAAAGCUGGCAAAUUCGCCCUUGCCGACAUUAUAGUCAGGGAGAUGAUGCAGAGAAACAUCGAGCCCAGCCGCCAUUUCCGAACCAACAAGAUCUAUUUUUACGGCCUGAAACGCGACGGUGCCGCCGUUAGAAAAGCAUACCAAGAAUUAGUCGACGCUGGCGAGGUCGUUGAUACACUGGUUCUGAACUGUGUGAUCGCGAGUUUGAUCAAUGCUGGCGAGGCCUCCGCCGCUGAGUACAUUUUCGAGAAAAUGAAAAUCCUUGGCUUAGGUAAUGCCAUGGCUACAAAGAUUCAAGGGUGGAAAGCCCAACGUCAGCUGGGAAAGGUCCUAGAUCGGGUUGGAAGAGCUCUUCGCGAGCAACCCGAGCGACGUGGCGUCGUGCAAAACGUCACUCCGAUACAACCUAACUUGCAUACAUAUCGCCUUUUGAUCAAAUACCACGCUCACGAGUCUGGCAACAUAGAUCGUAUCACGGACUUGCUCGAUGAAAUGGAACAGAACGCCAUCCGUAUACAUGGAUCCAUUUUCUACCAGAUCAUACGCGGCUUCAGCAUUCAUGGCGGCAUCCGAUACUCUUCCUGGAACAAGAAAAAACUUGACAGCUUUUGGGAGGUCUUUUGUCGAUUCGUCGAGAGAGACGGAGAGACGGAGCAGAAGCACAGUGAUUGGUUGUACGAGGAAGACAGAGGCUGCUAUUUUAGUGUCUCCAUGGUCAAAAUCGUCCUCCUUGCCUACAUUAAGGUCACUGGCCCAGACAACACCAGAGAGGUGUGGGAGGAGAUUAAAGAGAUCUGGAAGCCGAAUGAGCACGACGAGCAAGCUGUGAGCUCAGGGAUAGAAUACGCGCUGGCCAGAGUGUAGCCUUCAGAAGCGUUGUAACAUUACAUAUAACCUUUCAUGUAUAAACGAAUUUAGGGAUCAAGGAACUUUUGAAACAACAAAUCAUAGAGCGUUUACCCUCCCA